GUCCGGUGCUGCGCGCGUCUGCAGGCGGACCACCUCCGUACGCGACCGCUCCAUCGCUCCGCCGAGCUCAAGCUCGCGCGCAUUGGCGCCAAACGCGUCCGGUACGAGAGCGAGGAGGAGGCUCUUGGGCGCCGUGCGGAGACUAUGACCCGCGACCAAUGCCGCGCUUGUCGCCACGAGCCCUGUCCGAGAGUCGCGCCUCACGGCGGCCUGGUGCCGUUGUUCGGAACGGUUUCCGUUCGAACGGCGUCGUCGCGGUGACUCUUUCGGAGUGCGCACGGAAGUCAGGAAGGGUAGCGGAAGUGGUGCAAGGGAUGGGUGUCGUUUGAGUGCGGGCGCGCGUGCGUGCAGGAACGCUGCUAACACCCGACUCUCCCUUCUUAGUCCGACUUCGCCUUGUGGAUUAUUAUAAGGAUUUGUGUCACCAUGGCGCGUCCGCGUCUCGCCAUGCUUCUCGUUUUUCAAGGUCUCCUCCUUCUCCUGGCUGCUUGCAGUGUCUACAGCUCCGCGGGGCACAAGUGGAACCCGGAACACAGGGCGCUGUGGGCGAGCCAUGUGGGCAAGACGCCCUCGCCGGGGGUGCGAGGCCAGUCCAAGCGGCACGCUGCUGCCGGGGAGCGUGGCCACAAGAACGUCUGGGUCCCGGGCUCCAAGAUGCCCGUGUACCACUACCCGGCGGACAGGCAGGAGGUCAAGGCGGACGACAGGCUUCAGUUCAUGGAAGGGGCCGACACGAUGGUCAGCACGCGGAGGGUGAGGCCGCCCGGAGACCCUCGGCCGGAGCAACCCAGGCGGCGUGGAGGCGGUGGAGCGGGCGGCGGAGCGGGCCAUCGCAGGAGAGGGGAGGGGCGCAAGAUGCGGCACCAGAAGCAGCAGCCCGCCGCCCAGCCCCGCAGCUGGAGUCCCGAGCCACCUUCGCCACCGCCGUCCAACGUGACGGUGCUCCGGACGGUGCAGCGAGGCUCCGCGGUGGCGGCGGUACCAGUCGUGUCCGCGCGCGGCCAGGGGCUAACCAUCCCCAUCCAGCCGGACCCAGCCAAGACGCAGCGGGCCGUGGUGCACGCCAGCCCGUCCGUGGGAUCCCCCAGAGCAGCCGCGGUCCCGGAGCCCGCCAACCUCGUCUUCGUGGACAGCAGGGGUGCCCCGCUGCACCCGUACACUCCGAGGCCGGCGGCACCGGCCGACGGCGCCCUGGCAGCCUGCCCGGGAGAUAAAACCGUGCUGGCGCCCAAGGGCCAGGACUACGUGUUGAUGGACAAGAUCUCUGCCAGGGACGGCACGCCUCUCGACGUGAUUGCGGGCCCGCAGGCGGGCGACCCCGUGCCCGAGGGGCCGCACCCCGUGGUGGGCAGGCUGGUGAGCACGGCGGGGGCCGGGGCGCGGGGGCAGCCCACCCUGUGCCGGCUGACCUACACCGUCAUCGUGCGGCGCUGCGGCCCCGCGCCUCCGCUGGUGACGGGCGCGGGCGCGGCGGGCGGGGCGGGCGGGCAGAAGAGCCCCCGCUGCACGGCGAGCACGGCGUGGGGCUCCCGAUGCCACUACCGCUGCCCCCGGCGCGACCUGCAGCUGCGCGGCAACACCUGGCUGCAGUGCGGGGACGACCUGCGCUGGGACGGCCGGCCCCCCGUGUGCACCGGCCGAGCCGGCGCGCCGCCGCCCAAGAAGGAGGCGCCGCGGCGCUCCUGCCCGGUGCCGACGCUCCCCGAGCACGGCGUCGUCUCCUGCCGCGCCCUGGACCCGGAGCCCAAGCACCGGCAGGACGCCGCCGACGACAGCAACGACGCCCAGCGCAUGGCGGAGGGCAGCGAGUGCACCGUGUCCUGCAGUCCGCCGCACCGCCUGCAACUCGGCCAGGACCUGCAGGGCCUCCAGGGCCUCCAGGGCCUCCAGGGCACCGUGGCGCGAUGCGCCGCCGGCCGCUGGAACGUGUCCAGCUGGCACUGCGUGCGAGGCGAGACGCCGGAUGCGGACCUGGACGGCGACAUCCCCUCCGUCCUCGCCGACGCGGGGGCUGCCCUCGCCGACGACUGGGACUGGAGGGACAACAGCGUGACGGACCCGUGCUCGCCCAACCCGUGCCUGUCCGGGGGCACCUGCUUGCGCGGUCCACCCGAGUCCAAGGCUCUCUGCCAGUGCCGGCCGGGCACCGAGGGGGAGCGCUGUGAGCGCCUGCUCUGCCGAGGCACCUGCCUGCACGGCGGCCGCUGCGUCCUCCUGGACAGCCGCUCGGCCUGCUUCUGCCGUCGCGGCUUCGCGGGGUCCCGGUGCCAGGCGCCCGUGCGGACCGUCAAGUACCCCGCGCCGACGCCGACAGCUCCAUCACCCGCUGCCACGACGGACCGUCGGGACACGCCAAACGGUUGAUGCUCGCUGCCGCGCCAUACUCGUUGAACGAGUAACGUCUUUGCUCUAGGGGCGAUGCUGAAGAGACGCUAUGCUCUUGCGAAUCUUCUAUUACUGUCGCCAAUGACGAGCCCCGCGCGCUCCGGCCCCACUGGCGCCGUGCAAAAGGCAACCCGGCAGUGCUCCAGCGUGCCGAAAGGUGCGCGACGUGCUUCUACCGUCCCACCCGAUGCACUGGAAAGAGAGCUGCGUUCACUUCUGGAUUAAUUUCUUCUUGACAAUUUUAAAUGGGGUUGAAUGUGUAAAUUUCGCCAUUAAAAUGACCAGUGUAUAUAUACUAGUAUGAAAGACCAUCUAAGAACUGUAUAAAGUGUAGAAAUCAUUUUAAAUUAUUUUAUAGACAAUAAAUGUAUGAUAAGUAAGUUAUAUGUUACCAUUCUUAUUUUGUUUUUAUUAGUAAAUCUUUGUGCAAUGUUUGUUUUAUAAGAAACGUUACAUCUCGUGUCUAUAUUUAUUAGUAUAUAGGUCUCUGCUGGGUGUGCUUUUUGUUUUCUAUCUGUUCACAUUUUAUGUCCAGACCUCUAUAGUCUGUCUUGCUGCAGGUAAUCACUGAAACACUUUCCCUCAAGAGGGAGAACUACUAACUUCUCACACUGAAUGUUUAAACGAUGUAUCAAGAGCUGAUCCAUGAAAUAACUAUGUCCUCUAUAUAUAUAAUUUCAUAAAAUUUGUACAGUGAGAAAUUUUACUUAAAAGUGAAAUUAAGUGAAAACUUAACAAUGUGCUGAAAAUACAGAAUAAAGUAUUUAAAAUUUUGA